AAUAUGAAAAAAGAUCCAGCGCGCACAAAACGAGCAAUACAGCGUGCUGCGGAAAGUAAGCUUCUUGGAAAAUACAAUGUGAUCUGUUCGAAAGGUGAUUUCAACUACAUCACACAUACAACGGAAUACUGCGAAGCAUCCAGUCGGCAUAAUACAUGCUAUGCAUUUAAAAGUGGAUGA